AUGUCACACCUGAUAACUUCUCUGAAAUUCAUUUCAUCAGCUUUAAAGUUUUUGUCGGUAUCUAAUGCUAAUGGAGAUGAUAGAUAUUCCAAAUUGUUGCAGCAUCUGAGAGCUGUACUACGAAUUCUGGUUGCAAUUUCACUACUCUUGAACUAUGCCAAAAUUGAAGCAAGACAAAGCCUAUCUGAGGCUGAAGAUUUAGAAUUGGAGAGGCAAUUAAAGCUUCUAAAUAAGCCAGCUAUCAAGACCAUUAAGGAAAGAUAUGGAGAAAUAUAUGAUUGUGUGGACUUUUACAAACAACCUGCAUUCGAUCAUCCUCUAUUGAAGAAUCAUGAUUUUCAUCUCGAGAUGAAACCUACCUUGCCCAAUUUACUAGGAGAUGGCACUUCCUCAAACAUUAAUAGACCUUUUAACAUAGGGUUAAAAGGCGGAGGAUGUCCUACUGGAACAGUUCCUAUUAGAAGAACUACAAAAGACGAUCUAAUACGAUAG